AUGAAGAAAUCUGCAAGCAGUCGUUCGAAGAAGAAAGAAGCGCCACCACCACCUCCACCACCUAAGAAAGAUGAUCAGGAGGAAGAAGAAGAAGUUUUCGAAGAUGAAUUUCAGCCAAUGGAUUUCUUGAAAUUAAUGUCUAACGAUGGAUACGUCUUCAUAGUAGACAAGAAAACAGCGAUGAUCUCACAGACUAUUAGAAAUAUGUUAUACGGCGGUGGAAACUUCGAAGAAGCACAAUCUAAAACAAUCAGAUUAAAUGAUAUUCGUUCCGAAGUUCUUGAAAGGAUUAUCGAAUAUUGGCAUUAUCGUACACAAUAUUCUGAUCAUACUGAUCAACUCCCACCUUUCGAUAUAGAUCCAAAUCUUGCAAUCGAGUUGUUGAACUGCGCAGAAUAUCUUCAGACAUAA